GAGAAUUCUUUUUCUAUCUUUGAUUUAAUACAAGACAAGCACAAUCAUCAAGCCAUUAAAGCAGUACAGAUCAGCACCAAUCUAUUCCACCUUGUAUUUUUCCUAUUUCUUGCAAUAUAUUAACGAUAUUGCUUCUCAUCACGUUUCUUUUUGCCUCUUCGAAAGAGCUUCCACUUAUACUACCAAACACCUUAAACCGAUCUUCAUUUACUUGUAGCUAUGUGCCACUCGUGCAACACCAGAGGUUAUCUUUGCAGUCGUUGCAAAGGUGGAAGGGGUCCCAUCACUCAGGCACGAAUGGAAGAACUGGAGAUGGCAACGAGGCCUGCAGAAACCUAUCGCCCUGGAUACGGGAACGCUGGGGUUGCACCCCUUCCUAGACAUCUGGAGGCUCGAGGAAUAUCUUCCAGUCGUACUGCUAGCAGCUCUGGCCGCAGUAGCUCCAAUGCACAAUCCAACAGACAAUACGAGCCGUCUAUAAUGUCUGCUGACUCGUGUCAAAAGGUCGUGGAUGGAUUGAUGUCCCUCAGAUACGAGAUUCAAGACAUGGGUCAGCGGAUUGAGGAGUUGAUUGAUCUCAGAAAGCGGCUCUCUCAUAGGGCAAAGAGAGUGAGCGAUGCAGAGUACCAGCAGGCCUUGAAUUCCCCGUCUAUGAUUGUCCUCUAUGAAGAGUACAAGCAGGCGGUUACGUAUAGUAUUGAGUGCCAAAGGGCUGUCUUCGAAAGGAGAGCCAAGUUUGACCACAACUAUAACCGCGCGAAUGAAGAAGAUCAGCUGGAGAUAUAUAAAUUACAAGAAAGAUGGGUGAGGGCUGCCAUCAACGCCGCCGAGAAGCGAUUGAACUACUUGCAACAGUAUCCAUUUGCCUACAAGGAUACAGAGGCAAUCUUGGGCCAUAUCAAGGCUGCAAAUGACCUAUUGAACAGUGCUCUAAAUGGUUUGCGCCAAAUUGAGAGAAACAAGGAUGUUUUAUAUGGCCGAAUUGGUAGAGGAGGUCCACAUGGUGUUUAUUAAUAUGCCUUAGAAGGAUAAGUAAGAGUAAUGGUUAAGCAUAAGAAUUUUAAGUCACAUAUAUUUAAUUGGAUUGGCC